AUGAGACGGGCUCACUGGUUCAUCGCGCUUCAUGGAGGAGCAGCGCAGGGCUACAUGUCACAGAAACACGUGCUGCGUUACCAGAAAUCGCUCGCUCUAGCAUGCAGCCGAGCGGCUCUUCUCCUCCGCAACGGCUCGGAUGCUGUUGAAGCUGUGAAAGAAGCCAUCAAGGCAAGGACUGCCGUUCUUACUCGUGUCGGUUUUGGAUCGAACUUGAACAUCGACGGUUUCGUUGAAUGCGAUGCGAGCGUGAUGGAGGGAGGGCUGGGAGGUUUCGGAGCGGUUGGAGCAGCCCCAGGGAUCAAGAAUCCUAUCGUUGCAGCAGUUGAGAUCAUGAAAGAU